AUGCUUCUUUUUCAUUUUGGGCAUGCCAACGCAUGUCGACAAGCAAAAGCAAUGGGAAGUUAUUUAAUUGUUGGGGUACAUUCUGAUGCUGAAAUUGCGAAACAUAAAGGACCACCUGUAUUUACUGAACAAGAACGAUAUAAACUAGUUCGAGCAAUUAAAUGGGUUGAUGAAGUUGUUGAAAACGCACCAUACUUGCCAACAAUAGAGACAUUAGAAAAAUAUAAUUGUGCAUUUUGUGUACAUGGUGAUGAUUUGACAAUGUCAACUGAUGGUGUUGAUCAUCUUCACGUUGUUAAAGCAGCUGGACGAAUGUUGCUAAUGCCUAAAACACAUGAUGAGUGUGAUAAUAUAUUUCGAGAUCGUAAACAUACACCAUGUAAAUCGUCAGUUAGCUCCCGGACAUAUACACUACAGUCUUUAUCUAUAAUGGAUAAAAUAAAACAGUUUUCUAAUGAUCGCAGACCAAAUCCAAAUGAUCGUAUUAUAUAUACAUGUGGUGCAUACGAUUUAUUUCAUGCAGGACACGUUAGUUUUCUUGAAAAAGCAAAGACAUUUGGAGAUUAUUUAAUUGUCGGAUUAUAUACAGAUAGUGUUAUGCUUCAUGGUCGAAGUGAACGUCAAGUAGAUGAAGAUGGUCGAAAUCCAUAUGAGAUCGGGCUUGAAGAUGACAGUUGUGCAUCGGGAGUGAUAUUAAAGGCUGUGGGUGCGAAUCUGAGGCUCACAGUUCUAUCAUUAGUACCAAGACGGAGUGCCACUGUCUCUGAUCAAGUUUCAUUGACUUGUAUGUACGCUGAAACGGAAAAUUGUACGUUAUUUGAAGAAAGUCAGCGUUGCAUAUAUAUUAGUAAUCAUGGCAAAUAA